AAGUGCCUGCCUACUUCAUUUGGUUGAUCAUUUUCCCUCAUGGCUGACCGUAAUUUCUUAGCUAUUCUUAGCGGGAGCUCUGUCCCUGCUGCCCCAGGUAACGGGUGAGGGAGGGGGACUCCGGGGGACUCCGCGUAGGUGCCCUGAGCUGGCUGGGGAAAGUGGGCCUUCCCUCUUCCUUCACGGAUUUCCUAGUGGUUCAGAGUAGAAACUAGAAGGAGUUUCUUUUCAUUAAUUUUUUAAAAGAAUUUAAUCUGCAACCAGCAAAACUAGAUGAUUUGGUUUCUUCUUUGUUGUUGUUAAUUUUGUCUUUGUUUCUUUGGUUUUGGUUUCUGAAGGACGUGUGUGGAAAGAAAAGGAUUAACAAAAUGAUUGCAGGCAGUGUGAUGGAGAACAUGGGGCAUUUUGAGCGUAGCAGGGCAGAAAUUUGGAGCCAUCUCUGUCUUUUAAGAUGCUUUUUUCCCACCAGCUCUUUAAGUGAAAGGACUAAAGGGGAGGGGAAGCUGGGAGGACGAAGAAAAGUGAGAAAAGCAAUAAGGGAGGAGAAAAAAAGCUGGCCCAGUCCCAUCUUGAAGGUACAGAGAAAGUUUUUUUUUUUUAUUUGAGGAGAAGAGAAAGAAAACCAAAGCUAUUAUGUACCCUAGGGAUGCCAUCUUAGUGGGAAUGGAAGAUUUGAGUGGGAAGGGAGGCACGGUGGCCUCGGGACUCACUCUCUUCCAGCAGUUGGGCGGUUGGCACCUCAAUUUGAAUUGCUGGUCGAACAAAGUGCCGGUUGUGCAGCACCCUCACCAUGUCCACCCUCUCACGCCUCUUAUCACGUACAGCAAUGAACACUUCACGCCAGGAAACCCACCUCCACACUUACCAGCUGACGUAGACCCCAAAACAGGAAUCCCACGGCCUCCGCACCCUCCAGAUAUAUCUCCGUAUUACCCACUCUCGCCCGGCACCGUAGGACAAAUCCCCCAUCCGCUAGGAUGGUUAGUACCACAGCAAGGUCAGCCCGUGUAUCCAAUCACGACAGGAGGAUUCCGUCACCCCUACCCCACAGCUCUGACUGUCAACGCUUCCAUGUCCAGGUUCCCUCCCCACAUGGUCCCACCCCAUCACACUCUACACACGACUGGCAUCCCCCACCCGGCCAUAGUCACGCCAACAGUCAAACAGGAAUCCUCCCAGAGUGACGUCGGCUCACUCCAUAGCGCAAAGCAUCAGGACUCCAAAAAGGAAGAAGAGAAGAAGAAGCCCCACAUAAAGAAACCUCUUAACGCGUUCAUGUUGUAUAUGAAGGAAAUGAGAGCAAAGGUCGUAGCCGAGUGCACGUUGAAAGAAAGUGCAGCCAUCAACCAGAUCCUGGGCCGAAGGUGGCACGCACUGUCCAGAGAAGAGCAAGCAAAAUACUACGAGCUGGCCCGGAAGGAGCGACAGCUUCACAUGCAGCUGUACCCCGGCUGGUCCGCACGGGAUAACUAUGGGAAGAAGAAGAAGAGGAAAAGGGACAAGCAGCCUGGGGAGACCAAUGAACACAGCGAAUGUUUCCUAAAUCCUUGCCUUUCACUUCCUCCGAUUACAGACCUGAGCGCUCCUAAGAAAUGCCGAGCGCGCUUUGGCCUUGAUCAACAGAAUAACUGGUGCGGCCCUUGCAGUCUUUGAAUUUGGAAUAUUAUGAUGGAGAAAAAAAAAGUGCGUUCGCUACAUACAAGGUGAAGGCAGCUGCCUCAGUCCACCCUCUUCAGAUGGAAGCUUACUAGACUCGCCUCCUUCCUCCCCCCACCUGCUAGGCUCCCCUCCCCAAGACGCCAAGUCACAGACUGAGCAGACCCAGCCUCUCUCGCUGUCCCUGAAGCCCGACCCCCUGGCCCACCUCUCCAUGAUGCCUCCGCCGCCCGCCCUCCUGCUUGCGGAGGCCGCCCACGGCAAGGCCCCCGCGCUCUGCGCCAACGGGGCCCUGGACCUGCCCCACGCCGCGCUGCAGCCUCCCGCCAUCCCCUCCGCAUCUCUGGCACAGCCGUCAACAUCUUCCUUACAUUCCCACAACUCCCUGGCCGGGACCCAGCCCCAGCCGCUCUCCCUGGUCACCAAGUCUUUAGAAUAACUUGACCCUCCUGAGCCUGGUUGCUUUGUGUAGUGUUGCGUUUUGCUUUUCUUUCUUUCCCAGCCUCCCCCUCCCCCACCUGGUUCUGUUUUGUACUCUUAAGUUUGUGCCACGUGGCUACAUUAGUUAAUGUUUAUCGAGUUCAUUGGUCAAUAUUUGACCCAUUCUUAUUUCAAUUUCUCCUUUUAAAUAUGUAGAUGAGAGAAGAACCUCAUGAUUCUACCAAAAUUUUUAUCAACAGCUGUUUAAAGUCUUUGUAGCGUUUAAAAAAUAUAUAUAUAUACAUAACUGUUAUGUAGUUCGGAUAGCUUAGUUUUAAAAGACUGAUUAAAAAACAAAAAGGAAAAAAAAAGAAGCAAUUUUGAAGCAGCCCUCCAAAAGGAGUUGGUUCUGUAUUAUUUGUAUUAAAUACGAGCUUGCGAACCAAUCAUUUUACAUCUGGUUUUUAAACCAUAAGGGCACAACGAAUGCAGUGCCAUUUACUUUGGGUUUUUUUUUUUCCUGUGUGAAACAACUUUUAUUGUGAUGUUACUUGUUAUUGUUUAAAUGUACAGAAACAAAGGGUUAAAAUGUGUUAAUAUACCUUGUUCCAUGGUGUUGUUCUUUUGGGGGGAGGGGUAUGCUACUCAACGAUUAAUGGAAUCACAACGCUGUUGGACCAGUAGUAUUUAUUGCUUUAGAGAUUGCUCGUCGAACCUGUACGUUGUCCCCUUUUAAAAUAUGUUUUCCUUUUUCUUGAAACUGUAUAAAGUUUUUUUCCCCCUUAGCAUAAGCAUCUUAUAUAUAACAACUCAUUUGUACAAGGUUUUUAAGUUUAUAUAUAAAAUGUGUAUAUAUAUAUUUUUUGUUUCCCCUUUUGGACUUUUUUUUUUUUUUGCCGUAUGAAACCCAGAUGCCGCCAAAUGGACAUUAAUAGUUGCAUUAAAGGAUCAGUAGCAUUAACAAGUUGCUUUAAAAGCCAUUAUGUAAAACAAGACUUGAAAAUUAGUGAGGGAAUUUUAGCGACGCUGUAUGAGCAACAGUGGGAACUGUUCCGUUUCCCCUGUGAACUUGCAGUCGAGUGCCCUGCACCCUUAGGACAUGGACUGACUGUGUGCAAAACUUUAUGUGCCAAAAUUCUCAGUAACUUUAGCUUUCUCCCUCUUUGAUGCUGUAAUUUUUGUUCAUCAUGUUUUGCUGUGACGUUACAUAGGUAGAUUUGUAUGUAGUUUUAAUGUCACCUAUAACAAGACGUGUUUGGUAGCAGAUUGUCCAGAAAGCAUUUUAAAUGAAGAGGUAUAAACCCUUAAGGGCCAAAAUUCUGUAUAUUAGAUUACUCUUAAAGGAAAAACCAGCUGCCACUUUUAUGUACCCUGUACGACAUACAAGUAGGUAGCAAACUUUAAAAAUAAAAAAAAAAACCUAGGCAUGUUGAUGUUACAAAAUGCUGUAUAAAGCUGAAACCUGUUCAUUCAGUGCCAUUGUAGUUGACAUGAAGCGAUUGUAAAACUGUCUCCGAUUUUUCUCUGGUUUAUUAAAAUGCUAACUAUAACAUUUUUUGUGAAUACUUUGAAUGUUUCCUAACAGUUGUGAUGUUACUGUUCCGUUUUAUGCUCUUAUUCCAAUUUCAUUUUUAAUGGUUUGGAAGCCAUUUUUGUAAUGAAUAAAUGUUCAUGCUGUACAGUAUCUGUAGCAUGCCGUUCUGGAUUAAUAAAAGCAACUUAGUAUGUGCAGAUAAA